GUGAAGCGUUCACUCGCCUCACUGCGCGAGCGUGGAUUGUAUUAACGUUAAUUAAACAGUGCGCGAGAUAACGCGCUCAUCCGCGCGACCUGAGGUGAGGAGUGAUGAACAACAGGAGCUUUCAAAACAGAAAAACAAAACCAUGUCAGCAACACUCCAAGUGUGAUAUCUGCAGCUCUACAAAGACAGACUGGUUAUCUAGACCUGGAUUCCAAGGUUGUUAUUCCAGGAGUAAUGUGCUCUGGCGAGACUGUAGCUUGAUUUCAUAAAGAAACAGCUGAAGCAGUUGAACAGAGUCUCUGCACAAAUUAUCUUAUCUCACAUUGUGUUUUUCAUUUGACGAUUUGAAGAGCUUCAGCUAUAGGAUCAACUCUAUAAGAAGCCAAAUUAUGAAGAGGAUGUCUGCAGCAAAACGCCUUAAUACAGAGAGGAGUUUCAGAGUGGUCGUCCGUCUGUGUGCCCGUGAGAACACACACUCACACACAGUGAACAGACCAGAACAUUCUGUCUCUUUAGAUGAACCCAGAGCCUCCAUCAAAGUGACACAUCUCAACAGAGUAGUUGUUGACACUGGAAGGAGUCACAAGCCUCAUAUUAUAGACCUUGAUGCAGUCUUAAAUGAGGAGGCAUCACAGAGAGAUGUUUAUGAGUCUACAACAAAGUCUCUGGUCGAGUAUCUAAUGCAGGGUUAUAAUGGCUGUGUUAUUGUCUAUGGCUCUCCGGGCAGCGGUAAAACUCAUACCAUGCAGGGAUGCAGCGUGUCAGCCAAACACAGAGGCAUCAUCAGCCGUGCUGCUGAGGACAUCUUCUCCUCCCCCAAAGCACCUCACUGCAAAAUCAGAGUCUCGUUCUACCACAUUUUCAAUGAAAAGAUUUAUGACCUAUUGGAUCCAAAAGGGAGUGAGGUGGUCUGGGUGCGUGACUGUGAGGAGGUGGUGCGUCUCGAUGGGUUGACGGAGGUGGAAGUGAACUCCGCCCAGGAUCUGCUACAGGUGCAUCGCCGUGGCUCUGCCCUCAGACAAACAGGGAUUUCAAAGGGAGAUUUUCCAAGCCUAUCCCAUAUGGUAUUCAACAUUGUGGUCAUUAACACAAUGCUCCAGUCCCCUGAGGGAGUUUUGACAGCCAGCAAACUCACUCUGGUGGAUCUGGCAAGCUCAGGAAAAUGUCGUAGUUCUGUGGUUCCUGACAUUAAGAGAACUUUCAAUACCACAAAUGAAAACCCACAAGAGACCAAGAUGCUGAAACGCUCCCUCACCAUAUUCGGAAAUGUGAUUUUUGCCCUCAGCUCUGCGGGGUCCCAGCAUGUCCCAUACAGAGAAUCCAAACUAACCCGAGCACUUAGGGACUGUUUGGGAGGAAACUGCCGGACGUGUUUGGUGGUCACGGUGUCAUCUCAAUCAUCUUUAAUAUCUGAAACUCUCAGCUCUCUACAGUUUGCCUCCAGAGCCAUGGCUGUUCCUUCACGACCCAUAUACACAUCUCAAUUAUAUUACACACCUGAACAGAAGGACAUUAAUCAUCUGAACAGACAGCAGAUUUUACCACCGGUCGGAUCUGACAGAAAGUCGCAGACAUGCUUGCUUCCCAAUCUUUUGAGUUCAGUCAGUCCCUCUGAACCUAAACUCAGCUCAGGUCACUGUGGAGAUGGGCCGGAGCUCAGAACUUUUCUCCCCCAGCUGGAGAAACCAGGCCAAACCGAACCACCUGGGCAUUACAGCCGCGGAUCCCGACCUGGAGAUGAGAAAAACAGAGCUGAUGGUAACAAGACCUGCUCCCUGCCCCGUUCCCUGUCUGGGGCUGUUCUCCAUGAUGCCAGAGGCAGAGAAAGAACUGGAAAGGGAACAUAGUUUUCAUCUUCACAGCACCGUUCUGUAGAGCGGCUCUCCACAUCCUCUCUUGAACCUUUUUCAGCACCUUCAGCAGCUGUGGAGUGUCCUAACUGUUCCCGGGAACGAAAUAUCCGAGAGGAAUAUAACAAAAUUAUCAUUCAGGCUAGGAGAGACAAAGAUUCUCUCAGUCAAAAAGUAGAAGAACUAGAGAAUGAGUUAAGAACAAGAGCAACACGGGAGAAACAAGAGGGAUUGAGCUGGGAAAAGACAAGAGAAAAUCAAGAAUCUGCAAGUGGCACAUCUGCAGAUAUGGGAAUAUUAAAGACUGCAGAGGUGUGUUUGCAAACAGAAGCAGAGGAGCUGAGAUCAGAGCUGAGCACAUGUCGUGAGAGAGAGAAAAUGCUGACACAAACGCUGCACUCUGAGAGAGAGAGACUGACCCAGGACAUCCAGAAUCUGCUCACACAACUCAACAGCACCAGAGAGAGAAACAGCCAGCUUGUGUCAACCCAUAACAACCAGCGGGAAAGCUUGUUGGCAGAACUACAGACCAGCAGAGAAGAGCUCAAAAGAUUUAGAGAGAGUGUGUCUCUUACCCUCAGUCAGCUCGAGACUGAAAAGGCUGAACUGGUGUCACACUUAGAGGACAUAAAAAGUUCCUAUGAAAAGGUGUGCCUGGAAAAUUCUGGUUUGAGACAGAAACUCAAGUCAUUUUUGAGGGAGAUCAACUCUGCACCCUUUACAGUAUCCAGCAGUCCAGACACAAACAUUUCACACACACACGCUGUCACAGCGAACACCGAAAUUGUCGUCUCACACCAAGUGUGUCAGCAGUGUCCUGCAGGUGUCACACAAGGAAGUGAAUGCUGCUUUAGUCAGUGUGAAGAGUUUCAGCAUCCGGAGGUGGUGUUUACAGAGAAGUCUGAAACCACAAACAGCAACUGUGACCAGCCUCUGUAUAAACCUCAAAACGUCUACAAGCAGUUGAGGAGGGAGCACAGUCUGUUACUGGAUGUGAUGCUGGUUUUGUACAGGAGAGAGUGGUUUCUGCAGGAUGCCAUUCCAUACGUCCGACGUACACUCAGGAAGUGUGGACUGAGGCCUGAGGAUAUAGACUAAAGACUGUACCUGUGUGUGAGUGAAUGAGGAAUGUGCAGAGUAAAAGUUAUCGUGUAUGAAUCAUAGUUAAGGCAUAGUUCACCUAAAAUCGCAAAAAGCUGCCACAUACUAAAGGUACAAAAGCAAAAAGGUACAUCUUUGUACCUUAUUUACCCUUGAAUGGUACAUAUGAAUACCUUAAAGGUACAUAUUAGUACUUUUAAGUACAUAUGAGUAGAAAUAGUGUAGAGAUUAGUAACCUUUGAAAGGGUACUGCCCCAAUGAUCUUUUAAUUUUUUUAAUGAAUGGGUAAAGAAGCAUUCAAGGUUUGAAAGCACUGUAAAAUUAUCAAAGAAGUUGUACAUAGAACUCAUACAAUAGCUUUAUAUGAAUAACAGACAAACAUUUAAGUUGUUACUCACUGAAAAUAUUGGCAUGUGUCCAUAGGAGAUCAUUAGAGUUCAAUUUAUGUAUGAAUUGUUUUGACUUAAUUAUCAACACAGUUAAUGGAAAAUUACUGAUAAGUUAUCAUUAAAUUACUUAAAUCUUACUGUUCACACUAAGCUAUGGUAUGACUUAAGAAGAGUUAUAUGAGGAGUAAUUUGGGCCACUUUUU